CAUUUCCCAUAUUCGUCUUAGAAAUUGGAACGCUCGUGUCUGUUGAAAUUCUGCCAAGUUGCGAAUGUUACGGCUUGUUCGGUUUGUUUACGUUUGGUUUGCACUUGCACGGCCAUUCAGUUGCCCGUAGUCAGAAAUCGGAAGACGACGAUGACGGAGAGCGCAUGUCCCAGUGAUGCGUCUGCAUCUCUUAACCAUAUACCAACAAUUGGCGUCCUGUGCAUCGAUAUAGCCACCACAUUGCAGGAGCACUUUGGUCGGGAGUUCCACAGCUAUAUAGCCGCUUCCUAUGUCAAAUUUCUGGAGGCAUCUGGUGCCCAUGUGCUGCCCAUUUGGAUCGGUCGCGAACGAGCAUACUAUGAGUUGAUGAUGGGACAGAUAAAUGGCAUUCUUUUGCCAGGAGGAGCGGUCUUCAUCGAUCAGGCAGAUAUGGAAGCCCACCCGGAACUGACAAACGAUUGUGUCCAGAGUGCCGAGUACAUUUGCCAACUUGCCAUGGAGCGGAAUCAGCGGGCGAGAAAAAAUAACGAUGCCGGUGGAUAUUUUCCCAUUUGGGGAACAUGUCUUGGCUUUCAGUUUAUCUUAAUCCAUGCUGCCGGGGAGGCCAAGACUCGCACCGAUUGUCAGCCUAUGAGAAACGCGAUGCCAGUGAAACUAGUUAAGAACUACCAGAAAUCACAGUUCUUUGAGAGUCUGUCGAAUACUGUAGCUGAGGAGAUGGAAAAGCAUUCAUUUGCGUGUCAUCAACAUCGCUUUUGCAUAACCAAAGAAAGUUUGGAGUCGUAUGGUCUAGCCAACGAUUGGCAACCAUUGGCCACACAGAAGGAUUCUUCAGGAUUGGAAUUCAUUACGAUAGUCGAGCAUCGACGUUUUCCCAUCUUUGGCUGUCAGUUUCAUCCUGAACGCGCUGCUUUUGAGCAGCUUUUUGUUAAGGGGGACCCCAACUACUUGGCACAUUCUCAUUUUGGGAUCAAGUUAUCCCAAAUCUUUGGGAGUCGAUUUGUUGAGGUGUGUCGCAGGAACUCAAAUCGAUUCCGUAGUUCCAGCCUAAAAGCACGCCAUCUUAUCUGGAACUGGCAGCCAGUUUUCUCUGGUAAAUUCAAGGAUUCCAACUGGCUGCAGUGCUAUCUUUUUAAGAAGGAUGCAGACUACCCAGAAGAUGAGAACGAUUCUGUGGAAUGUACCUCAAACAGCGUUUUGUGAUAAACAAGGACUUACAGUUAAGAUCUGAUUAGCAAUCUAUUUUGUACUUAUAUUUUUGUAAUUCUUAUAUACCCACAAACUGAUAUAGAGAUCAAAUAUUUCUUAAUGCCCUCCGAAAAUUAAAGACCUAACGGGGUCAAAGAUGUCACUGCAAGUA